AUGAUAACCAGAAGCAUCACACAAGCAUCGUCCUCGUCUUCGGGUGGUGACACAGCCACUUGCUGCAUUUGCCUGGACAAGCAUCGCAAACAAGAAACCUUCAAGCCCGAAGACUGCAACGACGUUGUAUGCCAAGCUUGCCUUGCCACCUACUUGAACACGCAACUUGAUAUCCCUCAAGAAAGCUACGAGCGCAUUGCUUGUCCACGACAAAGUUGCACCGGCACGUUCAGCGCCAUUGCUAUUGUGCCACUUGUGUUAACAUCACCCAACUCGGCCCACUAUUGGUGGCGUAAGGUCAUUGAAAAUACCGUCAUGGAUAGCGUUGGUUAUUGUCCAUAUCCUGAUUGCCACGCAUCGUUUGAGCUUUUUCCAGAAGGGGAAGAUGAUGAGGACGACCAUCACGUAUAUGCAAAAUGCUUCGAUUGUUCCCGAGGCAUAUGUCUCCGCUGUGAAACACCUUGGCAUUCGGGAAUAACAUGCAAGGACAAUGAAGAGGACAACCGAGGCCCUAGAUGGAAACGCCCUGGUGGGGAGAAGAGACGUCGUAGAAAGGAACGCGAGAAUUCAAUCCAAGCUCGGCAGUUGGCAAAGAGAAAUAGUUGGACACGUUGUCCAUUUUGCAAGGAGAUGGUCGAGAAAAAGGAAGGAUGCAGCACUGUUACAUGCACUUGUAAGCGAGAAUUCUGUUAUCGAUGCGGCUCGCCUUCUUGGAACCAUCAAUGCUCACGGAGUUGCCAUAAUCUAUCCCAAGCCGAGUUGUCGAACAUUCGAGAGACCAUGUAUCAAUACGAAGACAUUCCCGUUCGCUGA